AUGAGUGCAAAUAAAUUUGCUCCGGCAACAAUCAGAUCCAAACACAGAUAUUAUCUUGUUCGCAUAGAAAAGACCAAAGAUAAUGCGGUAGUUCAAAAAGAAGACUUUGUAAAAGCAAUUGCAGAAAUGUAUCAACAAUUAUUCGGAACAUAUUACCUCAAUUUGCUUCCAAUGGAUGUAUACGAUCAAGGAAAUGAUAGGUUUAUAGUUGAUACAACACCAGAAUUUGCGGUCACAUUUCGAACUGCUCUAACUCUUCCAAGCCCUCACCAAUCAAUUCAUAAAUUCGAAGUCAUUAGCGAAUCAUCAUAUCUUCAACCACUUAUACAUGAUUCUAGACUAUUUUACCCUCCAUUAAUUUAA